AUGCCAGAUCUGACCGGUCAAGUCUGCGUGAUUACCGGUGCCGCGGGCCGUAUCGGUCGAGCAUGUGUCGCGCGCUUCCUCGAGGCAGGAGCAAGAGUCAUUGCUGUCGAUAUCGUUCAGGCAGAUAUCGAAGGUGUACCAGCCGGAGACUAUGUCAAGAUGGACCAAGGGAACCCAUCGCAUCUCUCCAUCCUGACCCAGUGCCUUCAAGCAUCCAAUACCAAACACAUAGACGUGCUGGUCAAUAAUGGAGCAAGCGGGGGCAACCGUGCGCCAUUCCACGAGAAGACCCUAGCGGAAUACGACGAGGUGAUGGAAACGAAUGUGAAAGGCCCUUUAUUCCUAUCUCAACUAGCCAUCAGGAUGCACCUGGCCCAGCCCGAAGCGGACCGACACGAGUUAUCUAUCGUCAACAUCGCUUCGACCGCGGGACAUCGCGCGACGGAUCAGGCGUCUAUAUACUCAAUGUCGAAACAUGCGCUGAUAGGGAUGACGAAGAAUGUGGCUGUGGAAUAUGCCGCUCUGGGCGUACGGUGUAACAGCGUCUCACCGGGGAUCAUGAAUGUCCCGAAUGUCCAAGGAUUCUCUUCAGAUCAACUGAAGGCAAUGACGUCCAAAGUCCCGAUGCAACGCGGGGGCAAGCCUUCGGAAGUGGCAAAUGUGGUCUGCUUCCUAGCAUCUGCUGAAGCCAGCUAUAUCACCGGUACAGACGUCCUCGUCACCGGAGGCUCUACGGCUUGA